AUGACUUCAAAAUUUCACUCUAGGCUUUCGCAAGAACUUUUAUUGAUGCUGAAUAGCGCAGAUGAUCAUAAUGUACUUAUCAAAGUAGGAAAAGAUCAAAAUAUAAAAGAAUUUAGUGCACAUUCAAAUAUUCUGAGUGCUCGUUCACCUUAUUUUAAAAGUGCAUUCUCAGCUGGAUGGGUCACAAAAAAUAAUAAUGUUAUCGAGUUUAAAAAACCGAACAUUAACCCUAAUGUUUUCGAAAUGAUACUUAA